UUUUUUCUCACCGAACCUUUUCUUUUGCUUCUCUUCUCUUCUCUCUCUGUUCUUAUUUCGUUCGCGUCGGAAAAAUGGGGAAAUACAUGAGGAAGAGCAAACUCGAUAGAGAAGCUAUAUCUUUGAUGGAUGUUUCUCCUUCUUCUUCUUCUUCUUCUCCUCUCGGUGUUCUCACUCGAGCUAAGUCCUUGGCUCUCCUUCAAAAACAGCUACCGACUUCUCCUUCUCCUAAUCCUCCGUCGAAGCAGAAGCAGAAGACGACUGAUUGUGGUGGCUCGUAUCUUCAGCUCCGUAGUCGUCGGCUGCCGAAGAAACCUCCAAUUGUCGUGAUCAAACGGAGAAAACAGCAGCGGAGGAAAGAGUCACGUGGCGGCGGCGGACGGAACCCUAACCCUAGGUCGGAAUUGGUUUCUGAGAGUGAUGCGUGUGGGAAAGACAAGGUAGUAGUAAACGAUGAAACCGUUAACAAGGGUUCAACUUCAUUUGAGGAGUUUCAGGACAGUGAAAGCUUAAACAGGAGCACAAGAGAAUCCACACCAUGCACUUUGAAUAGAGAGGCCGAGAUCAACACAAGCCUGGGAUCAUCCACAAAGCUUAACAAUGGUAUUAGUGACAACAGCGACCAAAGAGAAGAGAACUUGUCGGGCAGUCACCGUCCAACUACACCUGAUAUGGACAGGUUUUUCUCGGGUGCUGAAGAGGAACAACAAAGGCAGUUCAUUGAAAAGUACAACUUUGACCCUGUCAACGAACAACCACUCCCAGGAAGGUUUGAAUGGGAGAAGAUAGAUAAUUGAUAGAAGGGAUUAAUAGUUAAUACUUGAUACAUAGUUUAGUUACAUUUUCAUGCUAAUCAUCAGUUUGAUCUUUAUAUCCAUCAUCCGUUUCUUAACCUUUUCCAACAUGUAAAGAAGUUAGGAUAAAACGAAAAAGUCCAUGUAGCGUUUUUAAAUUGGUGUCUGUAACAUAAGUGGGUGUAAAGGGGUUUGUGUAACACAUAACUGAUACCAGCCCCUUUUAAGACUAAACAGAUCACCUUAGUAGUAGUAGCGUUUAGGGGGUUAAAGUUAUGUCGGCUAAUGGGUAGUGUGAGUCUUGCAUUCUCUUGUAACUCUGUCAUGUAAUGUAACCUUUUUUAAAUCUAUCCUUUUUGUGUGUAAACAUAACAUGUACUCAUCUCAAUAAAGAUUUACCCUUUCUUCUU